AAGCGGCGGCGCGCCUGCGCGUUCCCGCUCCGCUCUCUCUCUCUCCGCGUGCGGCUCUCGGCUCCCUCAGCGCGCACCAUGGCUCAUGUCGUUGACACCAAACUGUACGACAUUCUCGGGGUUUCUCCCAGCGCCUCGGAGAACGAGCUUAAAAAGGCUUACCGGAAACUAGCAAAAGAAUAUCACCCUGACAAGAACCCAAAUGCAGGAGACAAGUUUAAGGAGAUCAGCUUUGCGUACGAAGUUCUAUCUAACCCAGAGAAGAAGGAGCUGUAUGACCGCUAUGGGGAGCAGGGGCUGCGGGAAGGGGGCGGAGGAGGUCCGGGAAUGGAUGACAUCUUCUCCCACAUCUUUGGUGGUGGUCUUUUUGGCUUCAUGGGCGGUCAGAGUCGCAGCCGGAACGGCGGCAGGCGGAGAGGAGAGGACAUGGUUCACCCUCUCAAGGUGUCUCUUGAAGACGUGUACAAUGGAAAAACAACCAAAUUACAGCUGAGCAAGAAUGUUUUGUGUAGCACUUGUAAUGGCCAGGGUGGAAAAAGUGGUGCAGUCCAGAAGUGUACGACCUGUAGGGGGCGUGGUAUGCGCAUCAUGAUCAGACAGCUGGCUCCUGGCAUGGUCCAACAGAUGCAGUCGGUCUGCACUGACUGCAACGGUGAAGGUGAGGUGAUCAGUGAGAAAGACCGCUGUAAAAAGUGUGAGGGGAAGAAGGUGGUGAAGGAGGUGAAGAUUCUGGAGGUGCACGUGGACAAAGGCAUGAAGCACGGACAGAAAAUCACCUUCGGAGGAGAGGCAGACCAAGCACCAGGAACAGAGCCUGGAGAUAUCGUCCUAGUCCUGCAAGAGAAGGAGCAUGAGACAUACAAAAGAGACGGCCACGACUUGCACAUGACCCAUAAGAUUGGCCUCGUCGAAGCACUUUGUGGAUUUCAGUUCACUCUGAAACAUUUGGAUGGCAGACAGAUUGUGGUGAAGUAUCCAGCUGGAAAAGUCAUCGAGCCAGGUUCCGUCAAGGUUGUGAGAGGGGAGGGCAUGCCGCAGUACCGUAACCCCUUCGAGAAGGGAGACCUGUUCAUCAAGUUUGACGUUCAGUUUCCCGACAACAACUGGAUUAGCCCAGAAAAACUAGCAGAACUGGAGGAUUUGCUGCCCAUGCGUUCAGAUCCUCCCGUCGUCACCGGUGAGACAGAGGAAGUCGACCUGCAAGACUUCGAUAUGAGCCAGAGCUCCUCUGGCGGCCACCGCCGCGAAGCCUACAACGACAGCUCCGACGAAGAGGGCGGCCAUCAUGGCCCUGGGGUGCAGUGUGCCCACCAGUAAGCCCCGAACCAUAACCAUACCAACCUGUCUGGCUCCAGCAAGGGAGCCGAAAAUGUUCUAGUUGCACAACAUCACAAACAAGGUGUUGGUUUUUCUUCUGAUCUGAUUGGGGUCUGCCUUAAACAGUGAGAAAUUACGUGACCUAUGAUCAGCUGCCUUCCCCGUAGUACACGCACAUGCAUAAUGAGCCCGUCUGUACUCCCCAUCCAUCCUCCCCAGCAACUCUCCCAGUUAGGCUCCACCCACAGGCAACCCCACAUCAGAUGGGGAGGAAAAAAAAGGUAAUUUCUCUUUUACUUGGUGUGUAACUUUGGCAUUUGUUUUUUUGUUGUCAUAGUAUUUAGAGUUUAAUUUAAAACUAACCACAUCACGCAGUUUUGGCCUUGGACUUGAGCCCUUUUUAUUUGAGAAGAGCAAGUUUGUAAAGAAAGCGAGAGUAAAAGAGAGAGGUCCUUUGAAUAAAUAAAAGAAGAAAAAACACCUUUGGGACAUUUACAUUUUUAGGUUUGUAUGUAUCUGUGCUUGAUUUUUACCACUUUUUUUUUUUUUUUUCUUCUUUGUAGGUUUUUACUUUGUUUUCCUUUCUAUUAUAUUUUAAGAAAUUUGAGCGAGAGACUACAACAUUGUGUGUAAAAUUAAAGUGAUUGUCAUUUAAGCUUUAUCAGCUGCUGUCACACGCCAAGUGUGAUGUAUUAUUAUAAACUAGUUGAAACAAAUCAAAUGCCUGUAUCUGUUUUCAGCCGAGGUGCAUGUUGAGCGCUUUGUCCCUGCAUUGAUAAAACAUCCAAAUUGGAACUGUGUUUAAGUCCUAAUGGGAACGAGCGAGGGGGGAGGGGGGGGCAAAAAGAGAGAAAGAGGCUGUAGGCGUAUAACUUCUGUGAAAAGUUUAUGAAGUUGUUAAAUAAAACAUUCAGUAUCUAUACAAGA